CCUCUUGUUGUCUCAGGGCCAGGUCUGGUCGCAGUCUUUUUUUCUGAGACUCUUGCCCGCUGCCUGCUGAGAGGCGCAGGCGCGCGCGCCCAUGGACGUGGGCUGCUCCACGACCUACGGGGAGGCCUUCGGCGGCUUCUCGCCGUGGGCCGCUGGCGCCGCGGCCGCCGGGCCUCCGGCCGCCGGGGACCUGCCGGGCUGCAGCGCGUGCGGGGCGAGCCUGCGCCCGCGGCGCAGGGGCGGCAGGCGCCAGGCCGCCUCAGGCGGUCCUGGCCUGCGCCUCCCGUGGGGCGGCCCGCGACGAGCGGGGCUGGCCGCUGGGCGGCAGCCCGCAGUGCGCAGGACGCCGCGGCGAGAACGCGGCUGCGCCCGGCGGGCGAGGGGCCCCGAGGCCGGGCCUGCCGAUUCCCGCGCGGCGGCUACCCCGUCGACGGCUCGUUCUGGGCGGCGCUGUCCCCCACCGGCGACGGUCCGCCGGCGCCAGCGGCCAGCUUCGGCCACCUGGAGCUGCUGCCGCAGCGCGGCGCGGCAGGGGCCGCGGCGCACCUCUGGGGCCACUCCGGGGAGGGGCCCCGGGGGAGGUGCAGCCGCUUCCCGCUGGGCGGCUACGCGAUGGGG